UGUAAAGCCGAGUUAUAUGUCAGCAUAAACAGAGCGAAGCGCCAACUGGUCGUUCUGAAACACAAGGAAAACCAUAACCACCGAAGGGACACUUUUUCUUCAGACAAUAUCCAGAACAACGAAAGCUGCCAUCGGAAGCUUUGGAAACAACAGAAACCAUGCUGCAACUUGGUUUUAAAGUGAAAUUUCUGCAAAAGUACUUACUGGAAACACAAGCAUCAUUCAUUUCUAUUAAAGACUUACAUAAUGUACGGCAGAAAAUGAAAGAAAAGGGGACAGGGGGCAACACCGAUGAGGAGAUGUUGAUAUCCGAAAUAGAAAAGCUCAUGGAGGAAGAUCCAGGCUUGAACAUAGUUGUGGAGAGUGAUGGCACUGGCACACUCGAGUUUCUAUUUCUUGCUACCACUGAUAUGCAACGAGCAUUCCAACUUUUUCCGGAAGUUUUAAUGGUUGAUGGGACAUAUUCCAUUAACAAACUACGGAUGCCACUCUACACCUUUGUGAUAGAAGAUGGAAAUGGAAAGAGCCAGAGGGCUGCCUACUGCUUUGUAGUGAAUGAAAAAAGAGACACACUACAAAGGAUGAUGAGCCGGUUUGCAGACGUGCAUGACGUAACCAGGAUCAAGGUUGUUAUUGUAGACAAAGACCUGAAAGAAAUUGAUGCUAUCAAGUCCGUGAUUCCUAACGCCUCAGUGCAAUUGUGCAAGUUCCAUGUUCUACAGAUUUUUACAAGAGAGAUCAGGAAACUUGUUGUAACAGAAGAACUUCAUUCCCGACUUACCUUAGCCAUGAAGCAACUUGUGUAUGCCCCAUCGUUGGAAAAGUUUUUAAAGAGAAUGAUUGCAGUUGCAUCAAUUGCGCCCCUUGAAUUUAUGGCCUACUACAGAAAAAAUUGGGACCAAUCAAGAGAGUCGUGGGCUGCAUAUCUGACAAAUUCCAUAACCAAUCUGGGUAAUACAACUAACAACAGAAUUGAAUCGCACAACCACAAAAUUAAACAACUGCUCAACCGUGAUAUGACGCUGUCUUCCGCAGUAAGCAACAUAAUGACCCUACACAGAGCAGGCGUAAUGACCACACAGCACGAGGUCUUCAACCAGCAGAUGAAGGUUGCCUAUCGACUUGGAGAUGACGACCAAACCACAGCCAAAAUCACUGACUACUUGAUACCUUAUGCUGCAAGUCUAGUUAUAGGUGAGUUGAAGCAUGCAAGAACAAGACUGCAAAAUAUAAUUACUGAAGAAUGCCAGUGCACCUUAAGAGCAACCAUGCAACUCCCUUGCUGCCACACUUUUGCUCGGAGAAUAACAAACUGUGAUACACUCUUUCGGGAGACAGACUGCGCACAACGUUGGAACAAAGAAUAUUAUGCAAGGUGUAGUACAGUAAUUAUGAAAAGAUUAAAGCAAAACAAGGAAGUGAGUGAAACCAAGAAGCAGAGGAAGAAUGUAAAGUCUUCAAUGCCACUAGACAAGACCGAAAAAUACAAGAGGGCUAUGUUGACUUUUAAGCCAAUGGCAGACUACUUGUCUACACUUGGAACAAAUGAGUUCCAGGAGAAAUUAGGUGCAGUUCAAGAGGUGAACACAUUAUGGAUGAGUGGAAGCAAUGCAGUUAUUUCUUCGCAAGAACACCGCCAUCCCGAAAAGGAAGCAACAGCAGAAAACACUCAUAAUUGCAGUCCUACAUCCGAUGAAUCUGACACAGAUGAUGCCUACCUUAAUGACAACCCAUAUCCAUAUGUUUCCUCAGAUGAGGAGGAGGGGGAGGAGUGUUCAUCGGAGGAACCAAAAAAUACAGAUCAAAAGUACUCUAACUCCACAACAUUAGUCCUUGAAGAGUGCUUUCAAGAUGAAGAAAAUUCCACACACCAAUGUCAUGUUCCAGAGCCAACUGAUACUACGGCAGAUAAUGUACAUGAUGACCUCACAUCAAAUUUGGCCCAAUCCGCAUCUGAAUGUGGGACACAUAACACAAAUGUCUAUAGCAGCCAGUCUGCCUCUUGGGCGGGCAUGCAGAACAUCAGGUUACCAAAGACGCCACCGGCUCGGGGAAGGUCAUGCUCGAAAAAGCCUAAAAUACACAAAGCCAAAAAGGAAAAUGUCUUCCAGUCACGACAAAGAUUCAUAGAAAGAAAAAAGAAGGUGAUGAAAAAGAACACAACAACUAAUACCGUAUCAGCUUUAGCAGACCUAAAAAACCCAAGUGUCAUGCUGGACGACAAGCAUAUCAAUAUCGCAAACACAAUACUGCUUGCAAACUUUCCAGAUAUGAACGGCCUACAGGAUCCUGUCCUUGGAAGCAAAUUGCAUUUUAAUGUUUUGAGGGGGAAGUUCAUUCAAAUCCUACACGACGGUAAUCUCCACUGUAGAUGUCUAUGAUUCUGUCUCAACCGCACUGAGUGACUCAACAAAGAUGCAGAUAGCUUCAAUAGUUUACACAAAGGAGGACAAUGUGAAAUGUAAUCUACAACCAUUUCAAAGGCAACAAGGAGGAGUAGACUGUGGAUUAUUUGCCAUUGCAGCGGCAACUGCUUUAUGUCACGGUGUGAACCCGACAAGUGUGGUGUUUAAGCAGAGAAGAAUGAGAGAUCAUCUUGUGGACGCAAUAAACAACAACAAAAUGACCUUGUUCCCAACUCUACAAAGCGGUACAACUCAACGAACCCACAAAAAACCAAAAAGUGUGAAAAUUGCUGUGUACUGCAAAUGCCGUCUUCCAGAUAACAGAGAAGAAAGAAUGAUCGAAUGUUCAGCAUGUAGACAGUGGUACCAUCAGACAUGCAUGCAGGUGCCAAAAGAAGUUUUUAAGGAUCAAAAAUUAAGCAGGGAAUGGUUGUGUAAUUGCAGAAGUAAUUAAUUCAACUGGAUAGGACGAAAUCAUUUGCAAACAGGAGAACAGCCGGUAAGAACGUGAUAAGGAAAAGUGAUGCAGAAAGAAGAUGAAUACCACCUCACACCAACCAAAAAAUACAGUAAUAACAAUAAUAUUAUUAUAAUACUGAGAUGAAAUAUUUGAAUAUUUUCAUCUGUAGUGUGGAACUGUUUUGAUCGUUAAUAAACCAAACACAAUGGAAGUCAUGUUGAUAACAUCGACAAAAGCUUGCAUUAACUUAAAAUCCAUUGUGUUUUUGGUUUAUUAACGAUUAAAACUGUUUACUACAAUAAUACUGAGAUUAUUAUUAACAGUGCUUGAAGACCAAAAAGCUGCCUCAACCGGGAUUCGAACCCGGGACCUUCUGCUGUCUAAGCAGAUGUCAUAACCAACUGGACCAUUGAGGCGUCAUUGGCAAUUCAAA